CAAAUUGGAAUUUAUGUGACGCAAUCAAUCGAAAGGCCUUGCAUACCCAAAUUUCCGCCACCGUCACAAGACUCACUCUUCUUCCUCCUCUGUCUCACUCUCGCAUUUUCCAUCAACUUCUUCUCAUCGGAUGAUCGGAAUUCCGGCGGGUCUCCGGUCACCGGUUCGCCUAUAAGUUCAGAGAAUAUGGCAGAGCCGACGCCAUUGAAACCUAUCCUCCAGAAGCCUCCGGGGUUUAAAGAUCCAAAUCACACUGCUCUGCCGGUGCCGAGACCGCCGGCGAGGAAACUGAUAUUACCGUCGCCUUUAAGCCAGAAGAACAAGAAGCGACGGAGCUGCUGGCGGAGAUGCUGUUGCUUCUUCUGCCUUUUCGUCCUGAUCUUAAUCGUCGUAAUUCUCGCCGUCGGUGGCGUUUUAUACCUCUGGUUUGAGCGUAAACUCCCUGUGGUUCAUCUUCAAUCAUUCCGGAUCUCCAAAUUCAACGUCACCGACAAAUCGGACGGCUCGUAUUUAAACGCCAAAACAAUCGGUCGAAUCGAAAUCAAGAACCCUAACUCAAAGUUAUCACUAAACUACGGCGAUAUCGAAGUUCAAGUCGCCGCCGGAGAAGGUACUCGUACUGAAUUAGGAUCGAUGAUCGUGCCUAGCUUCAUUCAAUCGGAGGAGAACACGACGAGUUUGAAGAUCGAAACAAUGGUUAACAACGAAACAGUAGACGACGGAGCGGGCCGGUACCUGAACUCCGGCAACCGAACCGGAGAACUCGUGGUAAACGUCGAAGCACGUACGAAAAUAGGAUUCGUGGUGGAAGGCCGUAGAAUGCCGCCGGUAAAGAUCGAAGUGACGUGCGGAAGUGUGAGCUUGAAACGUCUCGACCGAGGGAACGUGCCGAAAUGCUCCAUUCAUUUGCGCCGAUGGUUUCUGUAACCAAAAAAAGAAAGGAAAAGAAAAUUAAAUCAAAUAAAUUUAAAUUGGUAAUUACAGUGUGAUUAUUAAACUCUAUGAACACAGAAAAAUUUAUGCCAUUAAUUUUUACCCACAGAAGACAAAAUAUAGGUAUGCUUUUGGACUCGAUUUUUGGUAACAUUUUGAUAUUGAUAAUUGUUCAUUCUGUAGAGAGAGUUGUUGAUAAUUGAUAUCAUAAUUGAAAUCA